CCCGCCUCCCUGGGGCCGCGCUCGCAGCUCCGGAGCUGCCGGAAACCCGGCGCUGCCGCUCGGCCGGUGCUGCUGCUCCUCGGCGUGAAGUUGGUGCGGAGGCAGAGCACGGCCCGGCCCGGCAUGUCCCCCCGCCCGGCUGCGGGACGCCGGCGGCGGCGGAGCCCCUGAGUGGGCGGCGAGGAGCGGCGGCCGGUCCCGACCAUGGAGCAAGAUACAAAGGAGGAGGUCUCGGAGAAACCAAAGCCUGCUCCCAGUGCAGAGAAAUUUGGCUGGAUAAAGAAAAGCAGUGGAGGACUCCUGGGACUGUGGAAGGAUCGCUACGUCCAGCUGCGGAAAACACAGCUCGUGGUCUAUGAGGAUGAGGAUGAGCAGAAAUGCAUAGAAACAGUGGAACUGGAGAGUUACGACAAGUGCCAGGAGCUGCGUGCACUACUAAAAAAGAAAAACCGUUUCAUUUUAAUCCGCUCCCCGGGUAAGAAGGUUCAUGAUAUCAAAUUUCAAGCUGCAACUUUGGAAGAAAAGGAAUCGUGGAUAAAAGCCCUGAAUGAGGGCAUCAAUAGAGGCAAAAACAAAAUAUUUGAUGAGGUGAAAGUAGAUGAGAGCCUUUCCUUGGACCACGUAACUCGGGACAGAGUGAAAGUGGCCCAUGGUCGCAGGCCGCCCACAAGAAGCCACCUCAAGGAGGCUGCCAAGUCUACAUCAGAUGGGAUCCUGCGACUAGAUCUGGAUAUAGUAGACAACGGACCACCAAACUUUGACUCCACUGUCAGUGAAAAUGACAAUCCGCCACCUCACAAAGAAACUCCAAAGCCACCUAUGCCACCUACAAAACCUUCUGGCACAAAAGAAAACCAUGAUGCAGAGAACAGUGUUCCUGAUCAGGAACAUAAAAUGUCCCCUCCGUUGCCUCCAAAUAAGAAGCUUAAGGAAGGCUUAGCAUCGAAGGAGAACGCAGAUGCCAGGGAAGAGGACUGUGUAAGCAGAGAGGAGAAUGUGGAAGAAUCUAGUGAGGAGAACAGAGAUCAGCUUGUUGAGAUCAGCAACAAGGGCACAGCAAAAGCUCCAAUUCCUCUUCCUAAGAGUGUGUCAGACAAGCUAAAAGUUGCUUGGGACCAACCAGUCCUUGAGCCUAAAAAUGCAAAAGACUUGGAAUUAUCAGGAGAUAGUGGCAAAGACAGCCUUGCUACAAUUGCUACCUCAGAUGUUGCAAAGCCUCCUGUUCCUCCUCCUAAGGUUCUAUCAGAAAAAAUGAUAGCCGCUAUGAACUCCAACCACAGUGAUCUGGAAGCUGGGGGUUUGGAAGAACUGGGGUCUGGCAGUUCCAAGUCCCCGGUGAAUGGCAUUGAAGCUGGUGAAGCAGCAGAGUCAGCAUCCCAAACAGCUGUAACUGAAGAAGGAAAUGGGAGAACCUCAACUGAGACGGAACAGCAAACUUCAGCAGAACAGAGAGAGAGUUCCCCAGCUACAGAGUCAGGCCAUGAGAGUAUAAAAGGAACUAUUGAGAAAAAAUUAUCUGUAGAAACCCCUUCAGUUCUGAAACUUCGCAGUUCUUCUCUGGGAGACUUGCUGUCUGAUUUCAAAAGUACACAGAGAGCACUUCCACGCCAAGGUCUCGCUGAGGAUUCCCAUUACUGCUUAGCUAAAAUGGAGGAGAAAGUUGCUAACGAACGGGAGAAGGCAGAAAAACUUCUGCAGAAGGUUUUAAGGGAAGGGUUGGAGCAGGCCCAGGAGGGCAAUGGACCCCCGGUGGUGGCAGAGACAUUACUCAAUGAGGCUGUAGAACAACUUCGGCAAGCUACACAAGUCUUGCAAGAAAUUAAAAGUCUUGGAGAACUGAAAAAAGAAGCAACACAGAAACAGAAAGACAAGCAAAAAGAUCUAGUGACUCUUUAUAGGAGAAGUGCUCCCUGACACACUCCUCAGAGACUUCUUUUGCGGAACUCAAAGCUAAACUUUUGCCAUUUAUGAUUUGUACUAUUGCUAGGCCAGUGUUCAAAAGGUGGUGUUCUGCUGUGCAUGCACCAUGUUUAUGGAACAGAACUGAGCUUUCAGUUAUAGCCUCUCUCUCUUUCUUCACGCUGUACAUACGUACUAGUCCAGCUCUGAUCCUCUUAGCGCAGCAGAAGUUUACAAGACACUGAACAGUUUGAAAAUGUGAACAGUCUUUAUGGACUUGAUCCAAAGUCUUUUCGAGUGAAUGGAUCAGGCCUUAACAAUUUCCGAUAGUCAAACCAAGUUCAAUUUUUGAAAGAAGCAGAAUGGUUAUUCUAGCAAAAGCCCCUGUCCAUCUGUAUUUACAAGCAGAUACCAGAUUACACUGGCACAUAUCUAGUCUUCCCAUUUAAUUCAUUUAAGGAUAAAUAUAGUCAGAGAAAACUUUACUUUGUUUAUACUUUUGUUGGCAAGGUUUCCUGGAGCACCUGGCUCAGUGAUAUCUAGGAAUGUAAGGAUAAAUGGCUUCAACUUCUCUGAAGACGCUCAUAAAACUACAUUCACAGUUAAAAAGUGACCUCACACAGAGGCAAGCAAAACUGGCCAGCUCCUGCCUACAAGAAGUGUCCUCAGAUCUAGCAAGUCUGUAUGAAGGCACUCUUCUGAAUCCAGCUGGGCAGAGCUGUAGGUGUGCUAGGCACUGUGUAAGUGAAUGCAAGUCUCAGUGCAGCACUGCCAGGCAAGUAUUAAUUGUUCCUGUUCCAUGAAUGUAGAAACUGAGGACACGAUGCAAAGCAGGAAGAAGUGUUUUGUAGCAUCACAACACGUUUGUUUGUAAGGACCAUACGCAUCCAUAACUCUGAAUGCCAUCGGGGUUGGGAACAAUUAGCCGGCUGUUUGGAGAGCUUGUGUCCAGGAGAUGCCCUGGGGCAGCCUGUGGUAAGAAGCUCAUAUUCUAAGGACAUGCAUUCCCUUAGCCAUUGGCUCUGCUGUGGGAUGUUAGCUGACAGGAGCAUGCACAUCAGGCAGCCAGUCUGGAUGGGAUCCCCCUUCCUAUUUAACAUGUUUCUACCUGCUGUGUUCUGGCCAGCCCGAGAGCCAUGGUUUGGCACAAACAUCCGGAGUAAUUGGAGUAUGGAGGGAAAGGCAUUUUGUGUGCAUAACUUUGGGGCUGGUCCCUGUGGCUUAAGUAUAUUAAAAUAAAAGUACAUUGCUGCAGAAGGGUCUGAAAAAGGCACUGCAAGAAGGCUCUGGCACAGUUCCCACAGCUUUCCCACCCACCUGCUGAAAGCAGCCCCAGUUCCCAUGGUCUCUAGUGAUUAACAUUGUGAUAAAAUCACGUCUGUGCUGCUACUGCAUAGCACUGUACCUGAGCUGGGUCCCCUCACCUAUUCUCUGCAGUAUUUGCUCUCAGGGGAAUCAUAUGACACCAUGAAGGGCUUCUCCUUUGCUUAAGGCAGGCUCUGGAAGCACAGAAAAUGACAAUCUUCCCUGACUGGUUUUAAGGAGUGACAUGCUGCCUUAGCUCUUUUUUCUCAUUUGUCAGCACUGCACUCCACUCCCCCAUUUCCAUUUCUUCCAUUUUCUUUGUAUAACUUCCCAGGUUCUGCAAAGCUGCAGUCAGCUGCAAACUCUUCCCUUUGCAGCAGCCCAGUAAAGCUUUUUCUUUAUCUCUUCUUAGCCUCGCCAAUGGGCUCAUGUGUCUCAGCAUAGAAAUAUCGCCUUUGGGCUUCCAAAUGUCCCAUUUUUCACCACCCAGAGCCUCUUUUGAUUAAAGCAGCCAUGGUGGUCUGUCCCCCUCUCUUGAGCUGUAGACAUUGCAUGGAAAAUCACUUGUCUUUCUCUCACAUGAGAGGUUCUACAUGGUCAAACACUCAGGGCUCAGGUGCCACAAAAGCUUUGCUGUGAGACAAAAAGAUUCCUAUGUCCUAAGCCCACUGCCAGGCACGCAGCCCCGAACAAAGUCUGGGUCUGUGUAAUUUGCUGCUGUAGACUGAAUGUGAACUGUGGGUUUUGCUCUCAAGUAUUCUUAGGACAAGGGCUAACAAUACAGAAAAUAUUCAGUGCCUAUCUGCUAUCUAAAUGUAUUUUUCUGCAUGUGCACUUUUGUUUACCGAACACUGUGUGGUAUGAAUGUGAGCUGUCAGAACCCUGUGCGCACUGGAAGUCGAGGGACAUCAGCUUCAGAGAGCAGGCAGGCAUUUGAAGGAUGCAGUUUUGUAAUAAGGGAUGAAGUAGAUGCGGAAAAGAAGUUCACUCUACCAAGAAGACACACAAACCACGGCAAUCUCUUGGUACAGGUUCAGAUCCCAAGGUUGAAGCCAGUCGUAAACUCCAGGAUGAGCAAAUCAAAGCCUGAAACUGAAAGCCCAUGAGAAUGGAAAUAGCUUAUGGGACAGCUCCACCCCAAGAUAUAUACAAAUGCUUUUGCUCUCACAGGUGUUUCUUGUGGCAGUGUGUUCUGUGGACUUUUCUUUCCCAUCUGGGACAUCAAAGUACUGAUGAAGAUACUGAGACAUCCUUAACCGUUACAGCCAAACCUACAGGAUGUGCUUAUAUUUACUGUGUAUUUUUAUAUAAUACUGAAUAUUCUAAUGAAUAAAUGUCUGACAUUUUAUUGAAUACCAAUCAGUAGAAAUCUUAACAGAACAAACCUCUAUUUGUAACAAAAUGGGCAUGUUAAAUCAUUUUACAGGCUGCAGCUAAUUACUGUUUUUAUGUACUAACAGAACUUACUAGAUGGAAUCUCCAUAGCACCCAGUAACUCCACUGCUGAAAACAUUAUGUUAGACACUUUUUGUUUUUAACUGCUUUUGCUCAUAGGGUUAGCAGUUUCAUCCUAAAAUAUCUAGCUUGGCCAUACGCCUGAUUCACCCAGUCUUUACAAGGAACAACAAUAUCAUAUUGCUUCUGCAGUCUUCGCACUUGUUCUCCUCAUUCUGGUUCUAAGCUGGGCUCUCCCUAAAGCAGGAGGGUGAAUUACCCUGUAGCUGCCUUCUGAAGUGCUUCAUGCUCCUCUGCAAAUGGCAGUGCUGGUCACAGUCAGAGGCUGCAUCCUGCUCCAUUCAGCCUUUGCUCUGAACUCCUGCAGCAACUCCUUUGGUCAGUGUACAUCAAGCACUUUUUUUCCCUCCCUUUAAACGUACACUUCUAAUUUCUGACUACAUUAAGACUUCUUUCUAGUGCCUAGAAGCCCUGUGGGCAUGAAGCGCUGGGGUGCAAUUCUGUGUUUCAGGCUGUGCCACUAGGUUACGUUUGUGACAGGAAGGAAGUGAACUUGCAAGCAAGUAAAUGUGGAUGGCUAUCUCAAAAGCAGCCACUGCAUCCAGCGGAAAGGCGGCACUUUGUCUCCUCCUUGUAAAGAGCUUUGAGAUUUGGCAAUAAACCCCCUUUUAAAUAUCAGCUGCUUAAGAGCCAUUUGUCCUAAACAGGAGCAAAGAUGAGCCACAGGGUUUGAUGAGAAGGAGGGUGUGUUACACAGGCUAUGGUCAGGCUGGGGCCAGAUUGCUGCAGUGCUAACCACAAGCCUGGAGGAAGGAGAAGCACCAGGGCUGCUGCACCCAAGCAAUUUCAGUCUCCUGCAAAUGUUAAGUUUGCUCAGAAGUCAUCCUCUUGGUGGGAAGCAGCACUAAAGCCUCAUUCCUCUUCAAGAUUCCAGGAAGAUAGGAACUUGUAUUGUAGUGAGUGCAUCUCUUCUGUGAAACUGGGUGGAAACUGGCCAGUGGGUUCAGAAAUUACAAAGAGGCAGAGAAAAGAGUUCAAGAGUGCUUGCCAUCGUAUUGCACAAUGUUCUUGGUAAGCUCUGUAAGCCAUUGCUGGGAGGGAAUAGUUCCUUAAAGGAAUUUCCAAGACACUGAUUAGUUUAUAUGGAUGUGCUACAGAAAAGACAGUGCUUUUUAAGAAAACAGACAAUGCAUCACAUCUAGGUCUUAAACUGAUGUUGGUAAGGAAGGGAAGUGCCUCACUUUACAUAAAGUCUAUGGAACAUGAUUUUAUAAGCCCAUACAAAUGAAAACACACAUUGCAUUGGCAUGUGAAACAUUUGCAUGGCUGCUUUUCAUUCAAGGGACAGUCAUAUUUAUGGAUUGAAACAGACUGUGUCAUUGUGUAAUCUGAAAUAGAGAGUGGGGGUCCUAUGUUUCACCCAGCGAUCCUGCAGAAUUUGGUAAUUUGCAAGUAAGAGCGGAAAGAACUCCUCCAGUCCCAGAAUGCCAAAGGAUUUACUACAGCAUUGGCUAGUCUGCUGUGAUGACUUACUAUUCUUGCUAUUAAAAAAUGUGUUUUAUCUUAAAGAUGAAUCAUCAACAGUAAAGCUCUCCAAGAUUUCGCCUUCCAGUUUAAGAGUCAGAAAGUUUGCCGGCACAGCACAUAUCCACUGUCUUCAGAGAACAGAGAUCCCUGUUUUGUUAUGCCAUGUGAACUCACAUUUUUCAGAAAGCCAGUGCUUAAUUUGUUCCAGGAAACUUGUGUUCCUCUAGUGCCUUACCUCAUGGCUCUGCAACCCGUAAUAUUCCUGUGAAAACUGCCGAUGUGAUUUACAAAGCAUUAACAAUUUCAUUCUCAGCAGCAGUCUGCUCUCUGAGGGCAAUGUGAGGGACUUCAAGCAAUGUGUUUUCCAUCCUUUCCUCUUCUCAGUAUCAGUGACCCAGUCUGACAAAUAUCCCUCACAGAGCAGAGGGCAGCUGGCACCUCCUGCUGCUCGACCUUGGUCCCCUCUCCCUGAGCUCCCACCAGGGCCACUUCAUAGUUUGCAAAACUGAGGCUAAGAAACAGUGUAGCAAAAUUAAUUUAGUGCACGUUUACUGGAGAUCACGUACAAAGCACUGGUGCUCAAUCCUAUAGAUGAGAAGACAACUUCUGUGGAAUAUUACCAUUUGUAAGAGGUUACUAUGAGAUGGUUGUCUGUCGCUUACCAUAUUGGUUGUGUAAAGAAAAAUCAGGUUGGCUUAAUUUGCAGCAAAGAGGACUAAACUCUUCAGGAAGGUCUUCCAAGCUCAGAGUGGAGGUAUUCUGGAAUGGGGUCUGCAGGAGGACCUCCAUCACCAGGAUCUCUUAAAAGCAGAUAUGCAAGAAGGGUGGUCCGCCUUCCUCUUCUGCCCGGAAAGGCAGAUUAAACCCUUGCCUGAGGUCCUUUGCAAACAUAUGGUGUCUGCAGAAGGCAGAAGCCACAGCAACCAGACUCAGUGGCUAAUCAACCCCAGAGGCUAUUCACUUCCUUAAUCUUGUUUGCUCUCUCACUGGGGAUGGUGCGUGACUCUUGGAGCUGCAGGAUGACAAACAACGCAGUGCUUGAGCAAUCCCACGCUGGCCCUGCUCACACCUCCCGCAGCCUGCCCUUCUCUCCCCAGCUUUCUCCUCUUCUGCUCCAGGCUUCAGACCUGCCCCCUUAGUUUCUCAUCUCAUUCCCCCCUUCUCUGCCAGAACAACUCUUUCCUAGAAAGGUUGGUGCUGUGGUGAUAGAAGCUCUCCAUAAGUUGCACUGCUGCCUAGAAAACCUCUUUACUCCUCACCCCUGUUUGAUCCAUGGGACAGCUUCCACAUCCCCGUAGAGGAUAAGUUUAUGCUUUGUAACAUGGGCAUUUUUCAAAGUUGGGAAAUGACUCAAAAUAAGUGAAUGA